GCUGUUACUAGAAGACAACUGCUACAUCAGUGCGAACUCGAGUAUCAAAGCCACUGGUUACUUUGAUUGAGAGCGAUGGCAUCGACACUGCCCUUGUAUCUUCGCAGACCACCAAAACGCGUCGCGGCCGUAAGGAUGCCUCUCCGCCAUCGGAGCCGAUGGAAAUUGACUCCACAAAAACUGCAGCCAACACUAACGCUACGAUUGCAGCAGUCGCAACAGCCAAGGAUUCAAAGCCCAACGUUCCUGAAGUUGAUCCUUGGACCAAGAGACCUAAGCAUAUACCUUCUUAUGCUGAGGAAGCCCUUGCUCACCUUUGUAAAGCAGACCCUGCGCUGGCGCCUUUGAUUGCCAAAUACCCCUAUUCUAUUUAUUCUGAUCAUGAUACCAAUUACUUUCGUGUUCUCACACGCACAAUUCUUGGACAGCAGAUUCAUUGGAAGGCUGCACGAUCCAUCAUCUACAAAUUUGUUUCUUACUAUUUCCCUGACCAAGUAACUUUGGAGUCGCUAGAUGCCGGUGACAAGAGAUUCCCGUCUCCGGAACAAGUCCUAGCAACUUCUAUGGAUAUUCUUCGCCAACGCGGACUGUCAGAACGAAAAGCGUCCUAUGUCCAAGAUCUGGCACGUCAUUUUGCGGAGGGAAAGAUCACAUUUACAGACAAGGCCGCACUGCAAUCUAUGACAGAUGAGGAAGUGGCAUCACAAUUGCUGUGUGUUCGAGGUAUUGGACCGUGGACUGUGGAUAUGUUUAUGAUGGAUUCGCUGGAGCGCUUGGAUGUUUUGCCUACUCUCGAUUUGGGAAUUCGAAGAGGGAUGGAAAAGCAUUUUAGAAAGGACUAUAAAAAUGGUGUCUGGGGUUCUAUUACUGAAGAAGUAGAGAUAACUGAGGCUGAUAUGGAUACUAGAGGAUCUAGUAGUCAAGUCAUUACAAAGGUUGUUACCAAGAAGAAGAGCGGGGCCAGAGGUAAAGGUAAAGCCAAGAAUGGAGAGAUGACUUGUGAGGAUAUGGAGCGGAUGGCGGAGCGUUGGAGACCUUAUCGCACCAUCGCAUCAUGGUACAUGUGGAGAAACGCUGACGAUGAAGAGGCCAUUAAAGCACCUAUCAUUUAGAUAGACAGCGAGUAUACCCAAGUCAAAUGAAUAAAAU